AUGGGUAACUUCGAUCCUAAAGUGUUAUAUUCAGCCAAGACCAGUGAUAUCCUCAAGACCUAUGCCCAUUCACUUGAGGACCUGAUGCACAGCCAUAAGCGUCUUUCAGAACAGAGAGAAUUGAAGCAUACUGAGGGAUCUUUGAUGAUCUUUGACAUGGAGAACCUUGGAGUACAUCAUCUAUGGAAACCUGGUAUUGAUAUCUUCCUCAAGAUGGCUGUCCUAGCUGAGCAGCAUUAUCCUGAGCUCAUCCAUUGUAUGUACAUCAUUCGUGCACCUAUGGUAUUCCCGGUCGCUUACACCAUCUUCAAACCAUUCCUACAAGAGGAGACAAGGAAGAAACUACACGUUUUAGGAAAUAACUGGAAGGAAGUUUUGUUGAAGCAGAUAGACCCCGAUCAGCUGCCGGUUUACUGGGGAGGAACCAAGACAGAUCCUGAUGGAAACGAGAUGUGUAUUUCACUGAUCAGGACUGGAGGCAAGAUUCCCACCUCUUUCUACCUAAAAGACCGGGAGCCGCCCCACACAUGGGCUACCCACCAGGUAUCUAGGGCAGGAGUCGUGGAAUUCGAGUACCAGGUUACAAAGCCCAACAGUGUAUUGAGGUACGAAUUCCAGACAGAUUGCAACGACAUCAAAUUCGGCUUUCAUCUCGUGGACUCGAAGGGUAAGAAGACGGCCAUUUUGAAACUGGAGAAAUACAACAGUCACAUGGUACCUGAGAACGGUGAAGUCUUGAUAACCAAACCCGGCAAAUGUGUGGUCACAUUUGACAACAGUCACAGCUGGAUCCAAUCAAAAAAGCUCUCCUAUUGGCUGGAGCUCCUGGAACCCAGUGACGUCAUAGACAUGAAGCAAGAAUAGCGGGAUUGAUAGACCUAGAGGAGACAUCUGCAUAUGUAGGCAAUAAAAUAAUAAAACAAUAAACCUACUUUUCAAAAUUCUGUAGCACAUGAGCCUUGAAUACCUUAGGAUCUUGAAUGAAAAAUAUGAUUUCAACUGAUUGUAUCAAUAAUUAAACUUCCCUAUCGUUUCCAGUUGAUCAUUUCUCUUCCGAGUUUAAGUACAUUUACACAAGCGUU